UCGUGACUCGCCACAGACAUACAGUAGUAAUGUUUUUCAUUCCGUGCGCGGCUGAAUUUAUCCCACAACACAGCCGCAACCACGUGGCAGCGUGAGGUACGAGCGAGUCUUCGGGCAGAGCAGAGCAUCGUCAAAACUCUGAUGUGAGACAAACGCCUUCAAACCUGCACAGGUUAAUGUUGUUAUAGUGGCAGGCGUUGAGCUCCUGCGUCACACUUUACGCACAAUGCGCCCCGUGUGACUGGAAGCUCAGUGAUUUCGCAUCUCUUUGCGCGCAGAUAUGUUGCACACGGAGUCAGCGCAUGAAUGAAGAUACUGAAUAAACCGCUCACUCUUUGGAUUCACACUGUUUGCACGCUGAGGACGUCAUAAUCCGUCCUGCAUACUGCACGAGAUUUAAGAAAUAAGCACAACUCUCUGCCCCUGGCUCAUCUGCAGCUCCUCUAAAUUCACCACCCUCUUCCCUCUGAAGGAGCACCUGUGUUGCUGCCAUGCCAAAGAACACCAAGGUGACCCAGCGCGAGCACAGCAAUGAGCCUGUCACUGAGUCUGUGGCUGACCUGCUGUCCCUCGAGCACCCAAUGGACUAUAAGAGCAGUCAGAUGAGCAUGGGCCUGAGUCCUGGCUCGACCGCUCCAGUAAAGGCGCUGCUGCCCUCUCCAGACCCGGACGCUGAGGACGGUCGACCGGCCUGGAACAACAAGCUGGAGUACAUCCUGGCACAGGUGGGCUUUUCAGUGGGCCUGGGUAAUGUCUGGAGGUUCCCCUACCUGUGCCAGAAGAAUGGUGGAGGUGCAUACUUGGUGCCAUAUUUUAUUCUCCUCCUGCUCAUUGGCAUCCCCUUGUUCUUCCUGGAGUUGGCUGUGGGUCAGAGGAUCAGACGUGGCAGCAUCGGGGUGUGGAACUACGUCUGCCCACAGCUGGGAGGCAUUGGAGUUUCCAGUCUGAUGGUUUGCGGUUUUGUGGGCCUUUAUUACAACGUGAUUAUUGGCUGGAGCAUCUUCUAUUUCCUCAAGUCUUUCCAGUAUCCACUGCCUUGGGCUGAAUGCCCCAUCAGGAUUAAUGGAACCCAAGCCAUUGUGGAGCCAGAGUGUGAGAAAAGCUCAGCCACCACUUAUUUCUGGUACCGCCAGGCUCUCAACAUCACCAGCUCAAUUGACGACACUGGUGGCCUCAACUGGAAGAUGACCCUGUGCCUGCUGGUGGCUUGGAUCAUGGUCUGCUUGGCUGCCAUCAAGGGCAUCCAGUCCUCUGGGAAGGUGAUGUACUUCAGCUCUCUUUUCCCGUAUUUGGUGCUCUUCUGUUUCCUGGUACGAGGUUUGCUGCUGAAGGGAGCAGUGGACGGCAUAGCUCACAUGUUCACCCCAAAGCUGGAAAAGAUGUUGGAGCCACAGGUGUGGAGAGAAGCAGCUACACAGGUCUUCUUUGCGCUCGGUCUGGGCUUUGGCGGCGUCAUCGCUUUCUCCAGCUACAACAAGCGAGACAACAACUGCCAUUUUGAUGCAAUACUGGUCUCCGUCAUCAACUUUAUUACCUCCAUCCUGGCCACUCUAGUAGUGUUUGCUGUUCUCGGCUUCAAGGCGAAUCUAAUGAAUGAGAAGUGUGUUGUAGAGAAUGCUGAGAAGAUCCUGGGCUACGUAAACACUGGUGUGCUGAGCAAAGAGCUCAUCCCUCGUCACAUCAACUUCUCCCAUCUCUCUGCCCAGGACUACGAAGAGAUGUACGGCGUCAUUAAGACAGUGAAGGAGGACAGCUUUGACCAGCUGGGCCUGGACGCCUGUCUGCUGGAGGACGAACUCAACAAGGCUGUUCAGGGAACUGGUCUUGCAUUCAUUGCUUUCACUGAGGCCAUGACACAUUUCCCUGGUAGUCCCUUCUGGUCCGUCAUGUUCUUCUUCAUGCUAAUUAACUUGGGGUUGGGAAGCAUGAUUGGCACCAUGACCGGCAUCACUACACCCAUACUGGAUGCUUUCAAGAUCCGCAAGGAGAUCCUGUGUGUGUUCUGCUGUGUCAUAGCCUUCCUGAUGGGUCUGCUGUUUGUGCAGCGGUCAGGGAAUUACUUUGUCACCAUGUUUGACGACUAUUCUGCUGGUUUGCCUCUCAUAAUGGUGGUGAUCCUGGAGAACAUCUCUGUAGCCUGGAUCUACGGCACUAAGAGGUUCAUGCAGGACUUGGAAGACAUGCUUGGUUUCAGGCCAUACUCCUUUUAUUACUACAUGUGGCGGUACGUCUCUCCGGCUGUCUUGGUGGUGCUCAUUGCCGCCACUGUCCUCGAAAUGGUGAUCAGCCCUGCGGGAUACAACGCGUGGGUGGAGUCCGAGGGCUCAGAGCAUUUCCACAAUUACCCUCCCUGGGCUUUAGCCCUGGCCUAUACCCUCAUUGUUGUGGCCUUGCUGCCUUUACCCCUUGUCUUCAUCGUUCGCCACUUCAACCUGAUCUCAGACGGCUCCAACAAGCUGUCUGUCUCUUACCGUAAAGGCAUGAUGAAGGACAUCUCCAACCUGGAGGAGCAGGAUGAGCAGCGCUUCAUCCUCAGCAAGAACCCCAGCGAGACUCCCUCGCCAAUGCCUGCCCACCGUGCCUACCUGGGCCCUGGUGGCACUCAGGAGAUGACCAACACCAACUACGGCACCAGCACCAAGACGGGUUACCAGAACAUCGGCUCUCCCGAAUCUGAGCUAUGAUUCACUGGUCUCGUAGAUCAUUCCGUCCAUUAAACCCAGAGAUAGAGCUAGAGAGGAAGACAGGGAGGAACAGAUUCACUGCCAGUUGUUGCAGUGUUCAUCACAUCUUAACCCCACAGCCACAUCUCUACCCCCUUCUCUGCCUCAUCGCUCCCUGCCUAUGGUUCUUCCCCAUCGUAGGAUCCAUGCUGCUAAUAGCCCAUCACUCCGGCUGAGAUGAAGGGAUCAUGGGAAUGUGAGUCCCUCUUGGUCUUAUAAGCUUUUUCAUCUGUCAAGGUAUUCCAGUGGCAGAGAGAGGGGCAGAGGGGGGGGGCAGGGUGAAGGUUAUAAAUUCGCCGGCGUGUGCUUAGAUACAGACUUUGUGUUGUAAUAAGCUCUGGCUGAGGUUAAGGUGUGUGCAACACCAACAUGCUUAAUGUUGUGCUGAGAUGUAAUCUGGUGUGUUGACUGUUUAGAGAAGGUCAUUUCUGAAUGUCCCUUGCUCUGGGUGAUGAUCAUUCUUCUCUGGUUCACUUGUAGAGGGUUGUGUUUUGUGUUUGUGGGGACAGGAUGGAAGGAGACACUCAUCUUGCCCUAAUCUGCAUCACUGUAUGAAACCAUUCCUCAUCUACAGUAUAUGACAAAAUGAUUACAAAUGCAUCCGUUACAGUGUGUAAUUAGUGAUUCUGAUAGUGUACACAGUUUUACGAUCACAUUAUAUCUUCACGUUGAUUGUGCCUAUCAUGCAUCAGCAAUAAUAACUAGUCAGAGAAGAGUCUUAAUAAAGCUGUGGUUCUCCUUCUAUCCACCCCCCCCCC